GGGCGUGGGGGAGCGUACAAAGCGGCGUUGGAAGCUAGCGGUAGCGAGGCCGCGCUUGGGGUCUAGCGACUCGGCGUCCCCGCGGCCUGAGGCGUCAUCUAGCGUGGGCGCUCACGCAGGGUGGGUCGCGCGGCGCAGGGCGAGAGGGAAGUCGUGGCGGCGGCGUCGGGAACAGCAGCAGCGGCGGGAGCGUGGUGCUGACAGGCCGUGGGGAGACAUGGGAGACCCAGGGCCGGAGAUAAUAGAAUCUGUCCCACCAGCUGGGCCUGCGGCAUCUGAGGCGACGCCGGAUGAGAAUGAGGAUGACAUUCAGUUUGUUAGUGAAGGACCAUUAAGACCUGUUCUUGAAUAUAUUGAUCUGGUCAGCAGUGAUGAUGAAGAGCCUAGUACCUCUCAUAGUGAUAGAAUGCCUGAAUCUAAGGUGCCACCCUCUGAGAAUCAUCGCCCAGAAAUGUGCUCUAGCUGCAGUGUUCCUCUUCCCAUUGGAGACAGCAGCUCCUCCUCUGGGAGUUGUGCCAACAGUCCGCAAAGAAUAGUUUCUCAACCCUCUUCUGUUGAGAACCAAUUGGAGAACCAGAAAAAUGAUCAAAAUAAUUCAGAUAUUAAUAUCUCUGAAACAGAGACACUUAAAUCACAAAAUUAUCAGACUCUGCCUUCAUCAUCACUUCUGGUCCCCCAAGAGUCUUUGGCUUUUUCUGAGGUCAAAGAAGAUUUACCUAUCACGAUGUCUUCAGCUUCACAGAAUGGACAGGAUGCCAUCCUGUAUCUCCAGACACAAGUGGCUGAGAUGUCCCGAGUCAUACGUGAUCUGCAGUCCAGGAGUUGUUUUAGAUUUCAUCAUUCUAGGCCAAGUGAGAACUCGUCUGUUCCUUGGGAUAUCUCCACCUCUAAGGAGGACAGUUUAUCCACAGUUGAAGAAGAGGCUGACUGCAAGUCUCCAUCAGCUGAUGACAAAGGGCAGCCAGCUGACCCCAUGCAGUCGAGUUUCACGGGUCUUUUGAAGAGAAUGGAACAAAGAGGUGUUAUAAAGAGGGUGACAUUACAGUCUGAAGCCGACACAUGUGAGGGGAAGCCUGAUUGGAUGACCUCUAAAAAACGUUUGGUUCCUCCCUUGCAUCCACUUUUGAGAAUUGCCACCACUGAAGUUUUUAAAGACCCUGCUGAUUGCCAUCCUUCUUCCUUCAUGGGACACAGGGUAUAUCCUGUGGCCAAGGACACAUCUCCUUUCCAGCCAAAUCCACCAGCUGAGGGACCCAUUAUAGAUGUACUAGAACAUAGCAAAAGAGGAAACACGACAUCUCCUUUAGACUCUACCUCAAAGGAAAUGGAAGUCAUGGGCUGUAGGUUCUACCACGCUGCUUCCAUUGCAGCCCGAGCUGCCAGCUAUAUGGCCUAUAUGACUCAGUAUCAGCGUAAACUCUGGGAAGACAUGGAAGAUCUGGUUCAUGAUCCGGAGUUUGAUCGUGGAAAAGCAAGGUGUAUAAUAUCUGAUGGCAUGGAUGCAGGACUUUGGCAGCUUUGUACCACCAGGGACAUAAUGGACUCUGUAGUCAGAGUUAUGGCCAUGGCAGUAGACUAUAGAAGACAAGCCUGGCUUCGACUCACAUCUCUAACAAAGAAAACCCAGGAGAAGAUCUUACACUUGCCCUUUGAUGGUACAUCUCUUUUUGGACAAGAUGUGAAUGCUAUUGUUGCAGAAGACAAUAGUAUUAAAGAAAAUGAAUAUAAAGAUCACAAUAAAUACUAUACUCAGCAUCGAUACUUUUAUAGUCAUGAUCAGAAAGCACAUUAUCACAACAGAGGGUACUCCAAAGGGGAUUGGUACAAACCCCGGAAUCACCCUUAUAGAUACAGAAAAAAGGGAGACUCUCCAGAGCGACAUGGGUAUAAAAAUUAAUACUCUGGAUGUUUAGCAGAUUAGCCUUCCAAGAUCCUACCUGUUCUUCCCCAGGUUGGGGGUCAUCUCAGAAAAUGAGUGCAUGUCUGGAAUAAUCACAGCUGAUGUUUGAGUUCUAGACUUUUGGAAUGAAGUAUAUACUAAAAAGACUUAAGCUUUAUUGGCCAAAUGGAGACGUUGCUCUAAGGAGUAUUGGACAGAGGUUUGCCCAUUAUUUUUGUUCCAAAAUAAGUCCAGAGAAGGGUACUCAGGAAUCUGAAUCUUCUGGAAUUAAAGGAAAAUAUGUAGAUUCAUGCCUCAGGAAAAUCUUGUUGGUAAACUGAGGACUAGCAGAUUUUGGAUCUGGAAACAAUUUGCUACUAGAUCAGUGUUUACUAAGACUAAAGUGUAAAAACCUUCAUUUUUAGAUCAUCAAUGCUUCUGGAACUUUGGGCUUCAGCUUGAUGGGUCAUCAAAAGUGGUAGAUUUGUUACAGUCCCUAUGUUAAGAUCAGCUCACCAUAGUUCAUACUAUUAUCAAGGUCUGUGAGACUUCAGAAUUAGCCAUGAAGCUAUAUGUCUGCUGGAAUUAAAAAUUUUGCCAAAUCCAGUUUACUUCUAACUGGGAUGAUUAAAUGUCACAGGUCUACUUUUGGACUCAAAAUGGAAAAAAUAUUUUCCUACCUGUAACAUCACCGUAGAAAAGUUAAGCUAUCUUCAUCCUGACUAUGAUGGCUACCACACCAUCACUACUCAUAACGCUGCAUGUAAGAUAGCUUCCUUGGCCAUCAAUCCUAGUAGUCCAUGACUUACCAAGCUCUUAUAUCAACCACCCAGAGACUCAGGCAUCAAAGUCUCUCUAAUGUGGGCCUUUCAAUGAGAUGGCCUUCUUAAACUUGUCUUCAAAGCCGUUGAUUCUUUUGAGCUUGGUAGUACAUUACAUUCUCAGUACAAUAGACAAAUGCAUCAUCAUGGCCCUGGAAAUACAAAAUAUUAUUCCCAUCAUCCAGGCAUGCAAAUCUGAACUCUAAGAGCAAGAAUUCCAAACAUGCCUGACAAUCUGUUCUCUCUUGAAAUAAAGAGAGAUGUCAUUAGUCUAGACUUCAUUGAGAAAUCCUUGAGAUGUAAAGUGUGACUGGGUGUUUUCAAGAUACACAGCUGUUUCUGGAUAUCUAGAUGAUAAUAACUUUUUAUUGAAUUCUUGAAAGGUUGGAAUCAAGACUUCAGUGACAUAUUCUUGGUUAACUUGGUUAAUUUGUCAUGUAAUCCAACUGGACUAACUGUUACUAAGAGAUAUUUACAUUUUGCUCCCAAUAAUGAAUCUCCAUCUUUCUGGAGCUGGCAGCAGAUACCUCAGUUAUGUUAGUGUCCCACAGUGUCAUCUUCAAUCUCAAGGCAAUGGCUGUAUAAUAUACCAGCCCCUGUGUCCUCUUCACAGCAUGACUUUUAAAGUAGAAAAAGUGUCAAGUUUGAGGAGGUCUGAACACUUCACCUGAUGUAACUUGGCAGCCAAAAAAUAAUUUUUUCUCAAAAUGUAAUUAUGUAACUUCUUGGUUGUUCAAACACCUGCUUUUUCUUAAUUUUUAAUCUGCUUGAUCAAAAUGUUUUAGGUAUACUAUUAGUGGAAUAUAACACUGUCUUAAAAAUUUAUGUGGUUUCUGUUUCUUACCAUGAUUCUUGCAUCUUAGUGGUUAACAUUUUCUGUGAUGUUCACCUUUUUGUAAUUCAUUAGACAACUCAUUCCUUCUUUCAUACCCAUAUUCAGCACUCUGCUUAAUCUACAUUUCUUCCUCUUGUUUUUGAGACAAGGUCUCACUACAUAGACCUAGCUGACCUGGAACUUGAUAUGUAGACCAGGCUGGCCUUGGACCCAUAGAUCUGCUUGGCUCUGCCUCCAGAGUACUGGAAAUAAAGGCAUGUGCCACCGGGCCCGGCUGCUGCUUUUCAUUUGUGCCGUAUAGAUUGAAGGCACGGAUUUCCCAACUUGGAAGAAGUUACUUUGUCAGAUAAUUUUAGCGUACUAUAUUGGUCCUAUUUGUUUUCUUUGUAGACUAAACCUGAACUAGUUAUUAUGAUCAUUUAGCAAAUUUAACCGGAUUGUAUCCAGGGUUAAUAUUUACCUUAUUUUUCUGUGUGGUCAACAAAACUUUACUUUGACUUCCUUAGGUUCGUACCAGGACUCUCUAAGGUGUCUCUCGGAUGAACUCCAGAAAAACAGACUUUUGUAGCUUCUAAUAAAUGCUCUUCGAAGGGGUAGUAGGCUUAAGCCCGGACUGGUAGCAGUGCAGUGUCUUCUGAGAAAGGAGUAGCCACUCAGACUUCACCGGGGAAAGGUGCACGUUUCUGACUAGUUGAGGCUGCUUCAGAUUGUUCCUUCUUUUCCAUCUUGCCCUGAAUUAGAUGCUAUAUAUCACAUACGAUUUAUGAGAUACUCCUGUUGUUCAAAGUGAAACAAAAAUCAAUAAUGCUUGACGAUGUAUUCUUUGAAACUGUUUUGGCAUUCCCACCUAAUUUAUUUGUGCCCAUCCCUGCUUUAAAUUUUAGUAGACAGCAAGCAAAAAAAGCACAUAAAAUUUAGCACUUUAAUAAUUUUCACAUUAUUAUACACUCUUAAAAUUUCAGGACAGCCCUACCCUCAUCUGAGAUGUUUAUAUUAUUCAUUAAUGAGGUAAAAGUAACGUUGCUUGAACAAUUUAUUGAUAAGUCCAAGCAACUCUAGAGAAUUCAGUUUUCCUGGAAGUGAAAAGUGUCAGGAAAUCACCAGAUUGGUGAUCAAACAGACAAGCUAUGAAGUACUUGGCAGUUGAGUCAUUUGUGGACAGAGUAUGGUAGGGUGGGAGCACUCUUAGCUAUAGCUACUUGACUCAGAACUAUUCCAGCAUCCUUCACCUGCUUAUCUUUUUUUUUU